UGCUGACCUAGUGAACUUGUGUGUGAGCUUGUCGGCGGGCGCGUAGAAACUAUAAAGCACCCGCCCUGGGACGGCGGCAGGUGCCUGGCGCGCCGCGGACGAUGCAUGUUGUCCGCUGAGAGGGCGGGGGCAUGGCAACCGGGUCGGCGGCCCACGCGUUGGCGGGAGGACUAACGAAAGUUGGCCGCUGCCCACCCGCCACCCCUCUCCUCCUCCUAGCCUCCUCGCCGCGGACGAGACGUUGAACAAGAGAAGCGAGUCUGUUUUCUUCCGAGACACGUCGGGUUAUCUCUCAUCAAGGAUUGCGAUUGCUGCAACGGCGGUUGAGGCCAAGACCGCAACGGCGGGCGAUCCGAAGCAAGCGUGCGUGCCAGCGGGCCGUGGUGUGGGGAAGGCUAAGAGAGAGAGAAAAGACAACCACCAGAGAGGAGGAGACAGCCCGCAUCUGAUUCUGGAAGCUUCCCGCUCCACUCCUCGCUCUCCUCAGGUACCCUCGCCGCCGUCUCUUCCUCCGAUAGAUAGAAUUGAAGGGAAGAUGAAUGGUGUGGACGAGCAGCAGCCGCCUCAGGCGAGCAGCAUGCCCAGGACUCAAGACGGUGUUACCAAGUCAAGUUUGGGGAAAGAACACAUACAAGGGAGCGAGCUCUGGACCGAUGGGCUCAUCUGCGCCUUCGAGCUCAUGAAGGGUGACAGGAAGCCAGCUCAGCACAGAUCGUGGCCAACAUUUGAGCAGAUGCAGGAGAAAGCAGCUGCUGUGUACACGGGGAAGCACACAAGAAGGAAUGGUCACCAGAUCAUAGCGCCGGAAUUGGAUGAGAGCAAUGUGUUGGAGAACCCCUAUCAGGCUGAAUUCGGUAAUGAUCCUUCCGUGCUCAAAGAUAUGCCAGCGCACGCAAGGGAAAUUCUGGAUCACAAAUGGGUGCCAAUUGGAUGGAGUAGGAUCGCGGAGCUGGUCCAGAGGGUUCAAUCAGACUCCAGCUGGGAGAAUGAGCAGAUGGAGAUGAGUGACAGCGAGGAUGAUUAUACGGUAGCUGAUGUUGCGGCCCCAUAUUGGCAGCGUCCAGUGGGGCCUACUUGGUGGUGCCAUGUCACCGCAGGCCAUCCCUUGAUCGACUCAUGGUUGAAUAGCGCUCACUGGAUUCAUCCUGCCAUCAGAACUGCACUGAGAGAUGAGAGCAGACUGAUAAGCGAUCGGAUGAAGUACCUUCUAUACGAGGUUCCAGUUAGAGUUGCAGGAGGUCUGUUAUUUGAGCUUCUUGGUCAGUCAGUCGGAGAUCCAGAUCAUGAAGAGGAAGACAUACCCAUUGUGCUUCGGUCUUGGCAAGCGCAAAAAUUUCUUGUAACUGCAAUGCAUGUCAAAGGCCCUUCAUCAAAUAUAAAUGUGUUAGGAGUGACUGAAGUGCAGGAGUUGCUUCUUGCUGGUGGAAGUCAAACACCUAGAUCAGUCCACGAAGUAAUUGCACAUUUGGUCAGUCGUCUUUCACGAUGGGAUGACAGAUUAUUCAGGAAAUAUGUCUUUGGGGAAGCAGAUGAAAUCGAAUUGAAAUUUGUGAAUAGGAGAAAUCAUGAAGAUCUGAAUCUAAUCAGCUUCAUAUUGAACCAGGAAAUCAGAAGGCUAGCAACACAGGUAAUCAGGGUUAAAUGGUCACUUCAUGCAAGAGAAGAGAUUUUACUCGAGCUUCUCAGACAUUUGAGGGGUAACGCCACAAGAGCUAUUUUAGAGAGUAUUAGAAAGUAUACAAGGGACAUGUUGGAAGAGCAGGAAGCUGUGCGUGGGCGCUUGUUCACUAUUCAGGAUGUUAUGCAAAGCACUGUUCGUGCGUGGUUACAGGAUAGAAGCCUCCGAGUUACCCACAAUUUGGCUAUUUUUGGUGGCGGCAGCAUGGUUUUAUCCAUAAUCACUAGCCUUUUUGGAAUCAACGUCGAUGGCAUACCAGGAGCACAGAAUGCUCCCUAUGCUUUUGGUUUGUUUACGGGACUUCUCUUGUUUCUUGGAAUCGUCCUUAUCGGUGUGGGGAUGCUGUAUCUUGGGUUACAAAAUCCAGUUAGCAGCGAGAAGGUAAAGGUGAGAAAGCUGGAGCUCCAGGAGCUGGUUUCGAUGUUCCGGCAUGAAGCAGAACAGCACGGCAAGGUCAGGGAAGGUCUUAGCCGGCAUGGUUUGCCACCGAGUUCAUCUGCAGCCUCUGGCGAAGGCUACAUUCUUAUUUCCUGAGAUGGGAGAUUUUGCUAAGGUGUGAAGUCAUGUUUGGAAGUGAAGAGCAGGAGACAUGAUACACUUACACUCGUGUUCUAAGGGUUGUAAUUGAGGAAAUUGUCAUCAGAAUGUUGAAUAUAAUUCUAACGACAGGUUGGCUCCCUUC